CGCUGCACUGAGCGCUCGCCGCCGCCCAGCCUCGGCUCGCGCACCUCCCAUCUGCUCCCAGAACAGCCGCGAGCGAGAAGUGGUCCUGAGCCUGAGCGAGUCUUUCUAGCUUUUACAUUCUUGCUUCUUUCCCUUCUCCUUCCCACUUGUGUGCGAGCGAGUGCGAGAGCCAUGGUGAAGCGAGCCUGGACUCUGCAGUAUACUGCUUUCGCUCUCUUUUGCGCUUGGUGUGCAUUGAACAGUGCAAAAGCAAAGAGGCAGUUUGUGAAUGAAUGGGCGGCGGAGAUCCCCGGGGGACCGGAGGCAGCCUCGGCCAUAGCCCAGGAGUUGGGCUAUGACCUUUUGGGUCAGAUUGGCUCACUUGAAAAUCACUACUUACUCAAACACAAAAACCAUCCCCGAAGGUCUCGAAGGAGUGCUCCUCAUAUCACUAAGAGAUUAUCUGAUGAUGAUCGUGUGAUAUGGGCUGAACAACAGUAUGAAAAAGAGAGAAGGAAACGUUCAGUUCUAAGAGACUCAGUACUAAAUCUCUUCAAUGAUCCAAUGUGGAAUCAGCAGUGGUACUUGCAAGAUACUAGGAUGACUGCUACCUUGCCCAAGCUGGAUCUCCAUGUGAUACCUGUUUGGCAAAAAGGCAUUACAGGCAAAGGAGUUGUUAUCACGGUACUGGAUGAUGGCUUGGAGUGGAACCACACAGACAUUUAUGCCAACUAUGAUCCAGAGGCUAGCUACGAUUUUAACGAUAAUGACCAUGAUCCAUUUCCCCGAUAUGAUCCCACAAAUGAGAACAAACAUGGGACCAGAUGUGCAGGAGAAAUUGCCAUGCAAGCAAAUAAUCACAAGUGCGGGGUUGGAAUUGCUUAUAAUUCCAAAGUUGGAGGAAUAAGAAUGCUGGAUGGUAUUGUGACUGAUGCGAUUGAGGCCAGUUCAAUUGGGUUCAAUCCUGGACACGUGGAUAUUUACAGUGCAAGCUGGGGCCCUAAUGAUGAUGGGAAAACUGUGGAGGGGCCAGGCAGACUGGCCCAAAAGGCUUUCGAAUAUGGUGUCAAACAGGGGCGACAAGGAAGGGGCUCCAUCUUUGUCUGGGCUUCUGGAAACGGGGGGCGUCAGGGUGAUAACUGUGACUGCGAUGGGUACACAGACAGCAUCUACACCAUUUCCAUCAGUAGCGCCUCGCAGCAGGGGCUGUCCCCCUGGUACGCCGAGAAGUGCUCCUCCACGCUGGCCACCUCAUACAGCAGCGGGGAUUACACGGACCAGCGAAUCACGAGUGCUGACCUGCACAAUGACUGCACGGAGACCCACACUGGCACCUCAGCCUCCGCGCCCUUAGCUGCUGGUAUCUUCGCUCUGGCCCUGGAAGCAAAUCCAAAUCUUACCUGGCGAGAUAUGCAACACUUGGUUGUCUGGACCUCUGAGUAUGACCCACUCGCUAAUAAUCCUGGAUGGAAAAAGAAUGGAGCAGGCUUAAUGGUGAAUAGUCGAUUUGGAUUUGGGUUGCUUAAUGCCAAAGCUCUGGUGGAUUUAGCUGAUCCCAGGACCUGGAGCAGCGUUCCUGAGAAGAAAGAGUGUGUUGUAAAGGACAAUGCCUUUGAGCCCAGAGCCCUGAAAGCCAAUGGAGAAGUUAUCAUUGAAAUCCCAACAAGAGCUUGUGAAGGACAGGAAAAUGCUAUCAAGUCCCUGGAACAUGUGCAAUUUGAAGCAACAAUUGAAUAUUCCCGAAGAGGAGACCUUCAUGUCACACUCACUUCUGCUGCUGGAACCAGCACCAUACUGUUGGCUGAAAGAGAGCGGGAUACAUCUCCCAAUGGCUUCAAGAAUUGGGACUUCAUGUCUGUUCACACAUGGGGAGAGAAUCCCAUAGGUACCUGGACUUUGCAAAUAACAGAUAUGUCUGGAAGAAUGCAAAAUGAAGGCAGGAUUGUGAACUGGAAGCUGAUUUUGCAUGGGACAUCUACCCAGCCAGAGCACAUGAAACAGCCUCGUGUGUACACAUCCUACAAUACCGUUCAGAACGACAGAAGAGGGGUGGAGAAGAUGGUGGAUUCAGGGGAGGAGCAGCCCACACAGGAGAUCCUGAACGAGAAGCCUGCGACAUCAAAAAGCCCCAGCCUCGGCAGUGUGGGGGACAGAAGGGAUGACCUAGCAGAGGGAGCCCCCUCUGAAGCCAUGCUGCGUCUCCUACAAAGUGCUUUCAGCAAAAACGCAUCCGCAAAGCAAUCACCAAAGAAGUCUCCAAGUGCAAAGCUCAGCAUCCCUUACAAAAAUUUCUAUGAAGCCCUGGAAAAGCUGAACCAACCUUCCCAGCUUAAAGACUCUGAGGACAAUCUGUAUAACGACUAUGUUGAUGUUUUCUAUAACACGAAACCUUACAAGCACAGAGACGACCGGCUGCUGCAGGCUCUGGUGGACAUUCUAAGGGAGGAAAAUUAAAAUAAGUGUAUGGUCCUGAGUUGGAAAUAUUCAUGCUUCUUCCUUCCCCUUAGAUUUUGCCUGUAUCUGAUGUGGUUGUUUUUUGUCAUUGAUUCUUAUGCUUAUAAUAUCCUUUGUGGUAAUUUUCUUUUUCUCCCCAAGAACAUUUGAAAGGGACAAGCUCGAGUAGUAAAUCCAUUUUUCUGAACUGAUUAUAGCUCAUUCAAAAUGUGUCUUCCCUGCCUGCACAAGUAAAAUGGUUUGUUCUUUCUGCAGAAAGAGUUUACAGGUGGUCCUCGCACUACAUUGGAGCCCCUUCUAGGCACCCCCUGUUUCAUAUCUCAAAAGAAAAGGUGUAACCUAGGCAGUAGGUUAAUUUGAACAAGUAAUCUGAAAAGAGGAGAGAGAUAAAACGUUCCUAUAUCUCGUCCCCUGUCUUUGCCAAUGUGGUUAUUAAUAUUUGGUGCCAAGGCACAAUAUGGAAAGUCUAAUGAAAGAGUCAUAAUUAGAACCAUAUUCUAGGCCUUUGUACUCCAAAGUACCACUCAUUCAGGGGGUGGCCAUCCGGUUAUCUGAGGAGAAAGAUUGGUGGUUUAACUAUAAAACAGACCUGAAAAUACGUGAUAUCAGAUUUGAACAAUUCUAGAACACUCUUUGCCUGGUGUGCCAUACAAAGGCCUCCAUGGGCUUAAAGGUAGCAAUGAUUCAGGCUGUAUGCUGGUCUUCCUCUCCCUCCCCUCCUGAAGGUUUUCCUCACCUGUCUCAUUUCUCAGCCACAAACUAAAUACCGAGAGAACUAUUUCUACCCUUAGAGCAAACCUACACUUGGAACUUGAGAAAUUCCUAGCCACGAUUUUUUUUUUAAAUCAUCUUAACAGGAAACCACUCAUAACAGAAAACCAGUAUAAUGACAGGAAAAUAUUCAUAAUGACGAGAAUCAAUUAGAGGUAUUUUGAAAAUUAUAUUUAUUCUAGGUCUUUGAAACUGGGUUCAUUCCCAGAUACUAGAGACCCUUCCCUGUCUUACAGCUGAUAGCAUACAAAUUCUCACCCAAUUAAUUUCUCCCACGCUUUAACUCAGAGGAUACAACCUGGCAGCUCCCAGGCUGUCUUUGUACUUCAGGUAGAUUUUGUUUGGCAUGUGAAAUGUUUAUAAACAGGAGUGAUUAUUGAAUACACGAUUCCAUAUAAAAUCCCACCCCUAGACAUAACUUUCCCCCAACAUCAGCUGGCUGGAGCUGAAGUUCAACUUAAUGCCAGGUCCUGUGGCACCUGCUCACACUGCUCAUAGAAGCCACUGCACUUGUCAGUGUUCCACAGGCAUCAGAUUGUACCUGCUCUGGAACUGAACGAACAUGUAAUAUGUGUAAAUGCAUUAGGAAAAAUGUCCACAGCUCCUUUCAGGCAGGAUCUUAUAAUAAUGAUGAGCAUUUCCCAUGAUCUAAUUAAUUUAUAAAUCCAAAAUAGUAUUUUUAGACCCUUGAAAGUACAUCUGAAAUUCAGUUUGAUGUGGUUACUUAAUCUCACCUCACCUAUAUAUGCUCAUUAUACUAAUUCACUAGCUGUCAACCCCUAGGUUCCUAUAAUCUAUAUACUCUCAAAACUUCCAGUUGCCUACUGGAAUGUGCUGUCUGCAAACUUGCCAAGACAUUUGAACUCCGUAAGAUCACACAUGCCAUUGAACUGGACCAGGAGGAGAACACUAGAGUCAAUCACUUGCUUUGGUGUGAAAUGUAGGUAGUCAUGUUUACCCCUAUUCUACCAUUUGAAUUUUGGCAGAAUGAGGUGAUUUCCAAAGUAAUACCUGUGAUGAUUAGAGGAUGUUCUCCUAAUGGGAUUGCAAUUUCACUAUGUCCUUAAAGUUUCAGGUGGUAUUUGAUAUAGUAAGUGUUGGCUAUAAUUUUGAAAAUUGCAGCAUAUCAAAAAGCAUUAGCUCUGAAAAUGACCAGAGAAUUAUUGGAUAUUAGAUAUAUUUUCAACUGAAAACAAAGCUAAGGCCCAGAGAAACCAGUAAGUGGUAAUAAUUUAGAACUCACCCUUUCUUCACUUCUAAUCUAGUGCUAAAUGUAUAAAGCUUUCUUUUUCAUCCUUAACAGUAUCUUUUCCUGGUUAAAACCCCAACCAACUCAUUGGAUUCUAGCCAAAGGUUCACUCUAGAGAAGCUUUAAUACUUAAAUGAAAUCACGUUUGGAUGUUUCCAACUUGGAGUAUUUUGUUCAGACAUAAAAUAUUUUUGUCAGUCUUUCUUAGUGCCUGUGUGGAUUUUUGUGAAAAUGUAAAAGAGGAAACUUAUAUAAUAUUUCCCUUGGAAUUUUAAACUAUAUUUUCUUUACAGGUAUUUAUAAUGUACCAAUGCUUUUAUCAAACAGCAUUUUAAAGGGCAUAAUUAUAUUAAAGAACCAAAAUUUUCCUGAAAAUAAGAAAGUUUCAUCCAAUAAAAUAUUUUUGAAAGGCAUGAUCCUCUGUCAGUGAAAAAAAGUGUAAUAUGUACGUGUUGUGAUUUUAGUGCCAUUUGCCUGAUAGCCUAAUACAAUGUGUAGCUGAGUUUCUCUUGUGUAGUCAGCAUUCUUAAGGGCACUUCCACAUUAUAUACACUUGAUGUAUUAACCAGAAUAUGUAAAAUAUGCUUAUCAAUCAGAAAAAUAAAUGGUUUCUCAC